UAAGAAUCCUGUCAUUCAGAUCAAUUUGUCAACAAAAUAAAUCUCCAGCUGAGCUUGAAUUGUUUCAAGCCUUUUACAAGUCCCCACCUGAGAUUUCUUCCUCUUAUUGAUCAGCAAAUUCCCUUUUUCGGCUCCUUAACAUCAGCUGCUUGCUUUUUCACUUAAUUGACGAAGGAGGGUGAAGGAUCUAAUUAGCAAAGAUGAAUGAUCUAAUGACAAAGUCUUUCACGAGCUAUGUUGACCUCAAGAAGGAGGCCAUGAAAGAUCUCGAAGCUGGUCCUUAUUAUGAUGUCGAAAUGACAUCCUCAGCAAACACUAUGGACCAGAACCUCAAUCUUUUCCUAGAAGAAGCUGAGAAUGUGAAGAAGGAAAUGGGGGAAAUCCAGGAAAUAUUGGACAGACUCCAAGAGGCCAAUGAGCAAAGCAAGUCCUUGCACAAACCUGAGGCUCUCAAGUCUUUGCGCAAUGAGAUCAACAAAAAUAUUGUCACAGUGCUCAAAAGGGCCAGAACAAUUAGGUCUCAUCUUGAAGACAUGGACUGUGCCAAUGCUGCUAACAAGCGCCUCUCAGGCUGCAAAGAAGGAACCCCGAUUUACAGGACUAGGAUUGCAGUUACUAAUGGCCUAAGGAAGAAGUUAAAGGAGUUAAUGAUGGACUUUCAAGGGCUGAGGCAGAAAAUGAUGGCUGAAUACAAAGAAACAGUUGGGAGAAGGUAUUUUACUGUGACUGGAGAGUACCUAAAUGAGGAUGAUAUAGAGAAGAUCAUUUCUGAUGGUGGUAAUGGGGGUGAGGAGUUUUUGACACGUGCAAUACAAGAGCACGGGAGGGGUAAAGUUUUGGAGACUGUGGUGGAGAUUCAAGACAGGCAUGAUGCGGCAAAAGAGAUUGAGAAGAGUUUGUUGGAGCUGCACCAGAUCUUCUUGGACAUGGCUGUAAUGGUGGAGGCACAGGGUGAGCAGAUGGAUGAUAUUCAGCACCAUGUGAUGAAUGCUUCAGAUUAUGUCAAGGAUGGUACCAAAGAGCUCAAGACUGCAAAGAACUACCAGAAGAGCAGCAGAAAGUUGAUGUGUGCGGGUUUGAUUCUUCUGUUGUUGAUCAUUCUAUUGGCUAUCAUCCCUGUUGCCACCAGCUUUAGCAGUUCUUGAAUUUUGUAAGGCUCUACAGAGGAUUUAAUGUCCUGUUAAAUGCUAUGGCUUGGCUGAAGGAAGCCUCAAAGUCCUUAUACUUGGACUAGGUUGUCUGAGACUUGAUAUUUUUUUACUUUUUAUCUUAUUGAUUGGAAUUUGAAUACAAUGUCUUGAUCAUAAUUUUUUUCAUAA